AUGCUUCUACCAAGUGUAAACAUCACUCUGAUUUUGACCGGUUAUGGACCUCCUGGUGCACUAAAUUAUGGAGUUUUUGUGCUUUGUUUUGUCGUCUACCUCACAACAGUUUUUGCAAAUGUGACAUUGAUGAUGGUGAUCUAUAUAGACACAACUCUCCAUAAACCCAUGUAUAUAUUUUUAUUCAACCUGGCUGUUAAUGGACUGAUUGGAUCAUCUGCUGUAAUUCCUAAAAUAAUGUCGAAUCUUCUUGCCGAUAUGAAAUAUUUACUAUAUUUAGACUGCAUCCUGCAAGUGUAUUCUGUUAAUAUUUAUGGAACAUGUGCUUAUGCUAUAUUGACCCUUAUGGCAUAUGACCGAUAUGUUUCAAUUUGUAAGCCUUUACAAUAUCAUAACAUCAUGACACCGGGUAAAAUUAAACAGCUUUUAUUAAUGGUGUACUUUCUAGCGAUCGGCUCUCAAACUGUACAGGUAUAUCUCACAUCAAGAUUGCCUAUGUGCAGGAAUACAAUAAACAAGUUGUUUUGUGACAAUUUGGCAGUUGUUAAUCUUGCCUGUGUUAAAAGUACACUGGGGGACAUUUAUGGCAUAUGUCUGAUUUUUGUUUUUGUUGUUUUACCUUUGAUAUGUGUCAUUUUAUCCUAUGUCAAAAUAUUGCGUGUGUCUUUGAAAGCAUCAGUAAGUGCCCGUAAGAAAGCUUUACAAACAUGCACACCGCAUUUGAUUACUUUUAUAAACUUUUCAUCUGCCACACUAUUUUCUGUGAUAUAUAAUCGAUUUAAUUUCUAUCUUUCAAAAGAAGUCAAUGUGUUUAUGUCAGUUCAUUUUAUCCUCAUCCCUCCACUUCUAAACCCACUUAUUUAUGGGAUAAGAACAAAAGAGAUCAGUAAUAGUCUCACAACAUUUUUGCACAGGAAAAUUUUUGCUAUGGAUGUCAAGUUAAGGAAGGAACAAAAUGACUGUUGUAAGUAUGCAGAUGCGGAGGCGAAGCGAGUCACUGGUGUUACUCCGGAGGGAGGUACUCGGAUGUGGGGGGGAAGCGAGCCACUAGAACGAGACAGCAAGGGUAAAGGCUUCCAACAGGGACGUGUGGAGACCACCAGGCGGGAAGGACGCUUUGGACGGGACGCUUCACUUCAGCUGAGCACUUCUCUUCUUCUGAACAGGGUAAAGGCUUCCAAUAGGGACGUGUGGCGACCACCAGGCGGGAAGGACACUUUGGACGGAACGCUCACUUCGGCUGAGCACUGGAUCAGACACAGCACAGUUUCAACGGUUCAACAGUUAAAGGCUUCCAAUAGGGACGUGUGGAGACCACCAGGCGGGAAGGACACUUUGGACGGAACGCUCCACUUCAGCUGA